ACCUACUUUUUUUUUAUUUUGAAAUACUGUGUGUCUUAUUUAUCCUGUGCAUGUUAGACUGCUGAUGCGACACGAAAACAGCAGGAUUGAAUGUAUUCGGCAUAUCAUUAGAUGCAUUAGCAGAACCGGGGGGGUUUAAUUAGCAAUUACAACCCUCAAUACCCGCAGACUAAGUCGAGGAAUUCCAACCCGUCCGCUCAGAGCAGCUGAAAAAGAAAAGAGGCUGGAGAGAGAUUGGGUCUGUGACGCGCUCGGUCUUCAGCGCAGUCUGUGUGCGCUCCGUGCGGUAGGGUUUGCAGACCGUCGAACAAGUCAGUCUGCUGCAUAUAUUGAGAGGAACGUUUUUUUUUUUUGUUUUUUUUUUUGUAGCAUUUGGAAACAAGUCAGUCCUCCCGACAGAGAGUUUGUAUCUGAAGUGAAACGCAACAGUGGGGACAGCAAACUGGGAAGAACAAGUUACUGAGAUGCUGGGCGUUAAUCAUGAUUGUUCAUUCUGCAAGUGAGGUCUGGCAGUGGGAUGGCAUCGGCAAAGGGUUUGCUGUUACUGUUGAAUGAGAGCCAGGCCGGUUUGGCAGCCGCUCAGGGGAACGGCACGGCAGACUGGGGACGAGGAGGAGGGAACGGCACAGACCAGGAGCGCCGGCACAUCUACAACUUCUACGCCAUGCUCCUCACCCUGCUCAUCUUCACCAUCGUGUUCGGGAACGUGCUGGUGUGCAUGGCCGUGUCACGAGAGAAAGCUCUCCAGACAACCACCAACUACCUGAUCGUCAGCCUGGCCGUGGCAGAUCUCCUCGUGGCCACGCUGGUCAUGCCGUGGGUCGUGUACCUGGAGGUGGUGGGCGAGUGGCGCUUCAGUCUGAUUCUCUGUGACGUCUUCGUCACCCUCGAUGUCAUGAUGUGCACCGCCAGCAUUCUGAACCUCUGUGCAAUCAGCAUUGACAGGUACACGGCGGUUGCCAUGCCAAUGCUCUAUAACACCCGCUACAGUUCGAAGCGCAGGGUUACAGUGAUGAUUGGAGUCGUGUGGGUGCUUUCCUUCGCAAUCUCCUGCCCUUUGCUUUUCGGACUCAACAACACAGUGACAAGAGAGGUUACAAAAUGCAGCAUUGCUAACCCUGCCUUUGUGGUGUACUCCUCCAUCGUCUCGUUCUACGUUCCCUUCAUCAUCACGCUGCUGGUCUACGUGCAGAUCUACGUGGUGCUGCGGCGGCGGCGGAAGCGAGUGGCCACGCGGUGCAACAGCGAAGGAGCCGAGCGCGACCCACACCCCCCCGUCAAGAACAAAUGUACCCACCCAGAGGAUGUCCAGUUGUGCACUUUGAUUGUGAAAUCGAACACCAGCUUCCCGCCCAACAGAAAAAAAGUGACCCUGGUAAAAGAAGCUGUGGUUCACCCGUCAGAGCCAGAUCAAGUUUGCUUCCUAGCUGAGCCGGAGAGGACCCGACCAAAGAACACCCUCCUGGGGCUCCAGUCCGUGUCUCUGGCCCCCUCCCGGGCUCUGCCCAGCGGAGCCGGCCUGCCCUCUCCAGUGGAAGUGCCAGCCGCGUCCCCGGUACUCAACGGCCACCCCAGACUGAAGCGGGCCUUCGAGGCUCCGCGCACCACCGGGGACGGAAAUGAGAAACCCACCCUCAAAUCCACAGUCAAGGGCCGCUUAUCCCAGCAGAAAGAGAAGAAAGCCACGCAGAUGCUGGCCAUCGUCCUGGGCGUCUUCAUCAUCUGCUGGCUGCCUUUCUUCAUCACGCACAUCCUGAGGGUCCACUGCCUGCAGUGCUACAUCUCUCCAGAGCUCUACAGCACCGCCACCUGGCUGGGCUACGUCAACAGCGCUGUCAACCCCAUCAUCUACACCACCUUCAACGUGGAGUUCCGCAAGGCCUUCAUAAAGAUCCUGCACUGCUGAGUGAGAAGGUCGGGGUAGAGGAUGAGGAGAGGGGGAGGCACUCAUCCAGGGCUUCCCAAACCCGGUCCUCGUGGAAAUCGAGAGCUCCAGCUGAUUCAACUAAACCCUUAAUUUGCUUAAUUUGGCUUUAAUUGUUCUCAGCUCUUAGAAAAACUGCAGAAGUCAACCAUAACGUUUUGUAAGUACCUGGAAAUCUGCAACUUUUGGGAAGCCCUGUACUCAACCCUGGAUAACUGGAUGUACCUCAGUAUUUUCCAGUUAUCCUUCCCCGUUCCCCUGCUUUGAAAAAUCCCAACUUGCUGUAUAUCAUGGAAGGAAGAAAUUAUGUGAAACAGCAAUGGGAUAACGAAGUGCGAGAAUACAGACGUUUUAAAUAGGAAUUUGUAUAAUCCAUGCUCACCAAGAUUUCAAAAUGCAGUGGAAAUGUGGAGAGAGUCUCAACUGAUUUCAAAGUGAGUUCAGCGGAGUCUUGCUGACAUAUGGAAACAGUGUGCAGGACUGAAAUAGGGCUGCUGAACUGUUUUUGAGUUAGGGGAGUUUUAAAUAACCCUCCUUAAUGAAGAAAUGCACAGAAAUAAAAUAAUAAUCAAUCUCGUUGUUUGAUGAUUUGCUUUCUCAACCUGAUGUAUAUGAUAGGCAUACACAAGCUAUAAAUAAACAAUUCUUUGUUCAGCUUAA